CUCCCCCUCGCCCCCUCUCCUUGCCCCCCCUCGCCCCCCCCCUCGCUCUCCCCCUCACCUCCCACUCCCCGCGGCGUCCACGACGUGACGGGCCCCGCCGACAACUACCGUCGCCGGCCUUGCCGCUGGGGUGCAACCGCGCCUAACCCGUGACCCUUGACCCUUAACCCCAGGUCUCCCUCCUUUCUCUGCCUCCUCUCCCCAUUUUCCCCAGUUUCUCUCCCUGGUCUCCCUCCCCCCCACCCCGCCGUGCCCGUGAUCUCCUUUUGUCUGCUCCCCCAUUUGCCCCCUACGCUCCCGCUCCCCCGUUUCGCCGCCGCCGCGUUCUGCCGCCGGGACGGCGAGCGUUCGGCACGGCUAGCGCGAGACUCCGGUCAAACCCGCACGGUAAUCCGUGUUCGGUUUGGCACCGAGCGAUCGUCGGCCGGCGUAGUCCGAGUGCGGCGUUUCCUUGUGAGCGCGGAGCUCGACGGAUGCCCUCGCCCAUCGACAAAGCUUGGCUCCUGCGGUGUCGUCAAACGCACGCCGUCGACGAAGUCCCUAAUGUCACGUUGACAAAAUAUAAACAUGUUGUACUUUCUGUCAUUCACGCUGUCGUCUCCUAACCCUAUGAGGCCGUGGUUAUGCCCGUGGGGGAGAGGCCGAGCGGCUGGUGCCAGCGCCGUAACUUUCCAGGGCAUGGUGCCGUGCCGUGGCUCAGUGUAACCCACGGCUAAAAUUCCGCGUAAACCAGCGUUUGAGUCGCGGCUGGAAUCGGAGCCAUGGAUUGGUGUGGCCUCGUCUCGCGAUCUGUGCCGGGGCGACCGGGAAGUUUAUUAAAUUCCCGUCAUAGUUUUCAGAGCUCGGAGACUUGAGACGUUCCGUGCAUUGGUUGCGUGCCAGCUUUUCUCCGCAUCGCUGCCGAUAUCCCCCGCGAAGGCAAUAUUAUACCAGAGCAGUAUUGUGUGUGUGUGCUUGUGUGUGCGUGUGUGCGUGUGUGUGCUUGUGUGUGCGUGUGUGCGCUUGUGUGUGCGUGUGUGUGCUUGUGUGUGCGUGUGUGUGCUUGUGUGUGCGUGUGUGUGCUUGUGUGUGCUUGUGUGUGCGUGUGUGUGCUUGUGUGUGCGUGCGCGCGUGCGCUUGAUGAUCGUUCGCUGCGUUUGUGCCACCAUAGCGAGAUCGCUCGUCAGGUUGGUGUACGAGUUGUGGUUAACCAGCACAGUCUUCAUCCAAUAAAGAUGUUCGAUAUUUAACGUCGAACGCCGUCCUUUCUCGCACCUCUUGUCUCCGGCGUUCCCCCCCCCCUCUCCCCGAGUAGCUUUCACUUCGCUGAAACAGGGACAUCUCGGCCCCUAUCUUUGCAUGCUUUCAUCAGUGCUGCAUGUCUCCGGUCGUUACGCCGAUGACAAAAUCUGUUUUAUGAUGGAAGAAAACGUCGUGGUCUGAACUCCGUCCGGGGAGGCAGUUUACCCGAAGCAGCCGCCGCGCCAUCUCGGUAUCCGGUGCAGCAUGACACGCGGAGACUGGCACACGCCGACGUUGGUAUUCCCGGUAGCGCCCGGACCUUCGACCGGAGACCACGCCGAACAAUUUGCCUCUCGGUGUAAAGGUCACGGCCUGAAUCGAUCGCGCCGCCUCGCCUGGGUGUUCCGGAAGCCUCCUUUCCGCUCCACACCCACGCGGGCCGGGGGUCGCCCGGCUAGCGGGGCAAAGGUCACCGCCGCCGUGCGGACCGUGCCGAGGGUCACAGCUGAGCUGCGUCUAUGGCGGACGCGGAGAGCGGGGUGGAGCGGCGGGGAGCGUUCCGCCUGCAGGCUGUGUUGGACGCGUUCCGCGGUUGCGUGGACGAGCAGGGGGACGUGUUGCUGGCGGAAUACCUGCUCGGGUGGAAGGAGCUGGUGAGGUUCAUUAACGGCCUGGGCGCUGUCUUCUCCUUCAUCUCGAGGGACGCGGCAACGAAGAUCAACAUCCUGCAGGGCCUGCUCGACAGAGAGGAGGCGCACAACUACCGCACCCUACAGGCCAUGGCCCGACUGGAGGUGGCCCGCACUCCGGCAUUCUCUGCAGCACCCGGCCACGUACACUCGGGCUGCCGCGACUUCCUGCGCCUGCACCGCGCGCUGUUAUGGCUGCACCUGUUCCUGGAGAAGCUGCGCAUGAGCGACGAGUCCUCGGAGCGGCCCUCCGUCCUGUGCGCCGAGGCGUACGGGGCCUCUCUCGCUCAGCAUCACCCGUGGCUGGUGCGCAGGGCCUCGGCCCUGGCAUUCCGCACGCUGCCCACCCGCCAGGUCUUCCUGGCCCGGCUGGGAGCGGGCCCCGAGAAGGAGGUUCUGGCCAUGCUGGGAGAAACGGUACCGGCAAUCGUGAAGGUGUAUGACAUCUCGCAGUGCCUCUACGAGCACUACCAGAUCCUCUCCCUGCCGUAGGAAAGGGUUUGGCGAUUCACCCUGAAGUUGGAAAGUUCGGAAACAUGAUGGUAUUUGAUGGCGACCGUCGAUGGAGCAUGCAGGUGUACGCGGAUCCAUCUGUGCAGAGCACUAAAACUAAUUCUGCCUGAUUAUUUUCAUAAAAAUUCCUUUUUUGAAAAAAAU